AUGGAAGGCUCUGAGAAGUUGGAGAGCAGCCUCCUGACACAGCCCUGGACUUCUGUUUGCUUUGGCAAGUCUACUUUUCUUGCCAAAGCAUGCUUCAAGGAUAGUGGCUACAUCUUGCUGAUCUCCGACCUCAGCAGCGUUUGGUACGAGAGUACGAACUCUGAGGCCGUGGGACAAAGGUCUAAGGAGCUGAAUAAACGUCUGACAGUCCAUGUGUCCUCCUUGCUGCGCCACUUGUCCGGGCUGAUGAGUCCUUUGCUGGCAGGAGAGCCAAAUGCCACCACCUCUUUCUCCUGCCACCAUGUUGCUGGUGGCCUCAGCCUGCACAUUAAAAGUGAGCUUUCAGGACUUCCAUUCUACUGGGACUUCCACUGCUGCCCUGCACCUCCAGAGAUGGUGUCUCGUCACCUGCUGCGGCCCCUGAUUCGGAUGAGCCUGGCUCUGCAGUACCAGGUGCAAGAGCUGACUUCCUUGCUGCUCCAGAAGGAUGCUGAGAUUGAAGACUACAGGGAGAGUGGGGCCACUCUCAGCAGAGACCGCCUACGGACAGAGCCCUUCCAGGAGCAGACAUUUCAGCAGAACUUCAUGACUGAGAGCCUGCCCCAGAUCUGCGGAGCGGGAGAAGGGCAGGCAUUCGCCUCUGCUCUGCAGCAGCUCUACGUGGCAGUGACACAGCAGGAGGCCAAGCAGAACCAGAAACGGCGGUGCUCGGAGGAUGCUGAGGGCCCAGCAUUUGCUGCAGAAACCACAGGACAUCCCCAUCCACCAUCUCCAUGCCAGGAGAAUGAAACAGCAUUUUCCAGUGAGCAAACCACGCCAACCUCCUCCCCAGCUCAGAAGCCCCGGCUGCCUGCAGCCAAGGCCAAGCCAAAGAAGGCGAAGGGGCUCUUCAGCUGA